AUGGCCAAGCCGCUCACAGACCAGGACAAGAGGAAGCAGAUCUCGGUCCGAGGGCUGGCCGGGGUGGAAAACGUUGCGGACCUGAAAACUAAUUUCAACCGGCACCUCCACUUCACCCUGGUGAAAGACCGAAAUGUGGCAACCAAACGGGACUACUACUUUGCCUUGGCCAACACAGUCCGGGACUACCUGGUGGGCCGCUGGAUCCGGACGCAGCAGCAUUACUAUGAGAAAGACCCGAAACGUGUUUACUACCUCUCCCUGGAGUUCUACAUGGGCCGGACUCUGCAGAACACCAUGGUUAACCUAGCCUUGGAGAACGCUUGCGAUGAAGCCACGUACCAGCUGGGUCUGGACAUGGAGGAGUUGCAAGACAUCGAGGAAGAUGCCGGUCUAGGCAACGGUGGACUGGGUCGUCUGGCUGCUUGUUUCCUGGACUCCAUGGCCUCUCUGGGUCUGGCUGCGUAUGGAUACGGCAUCCGCUACGAGUUUGGCAUCUUCAAUCAGAAAAUAGUCAACGGCUGGCAGGUGGAGGAAGCUGACGACUGGCUGCGUUACGGGAACCCCUGGGAGAAGGCUCGCCCUGAGUACAUGCGCCCAGUCCACUUCUACGGACGAGUGGAACACACAGCUGAAGGAGUGAAGUGGGUCGACACACAGGUGGUUCUGGCUCUUCCCUAUGACACCCCAGUCCCCGGCUACAGAAACAACAUUGUCAACACCAUGAGACUGUGGUCUGCUAAGGCCCCCUGUGACUUUAACCUCAAAGACUUUAAUGUUGGUGGCUACAUUCAAGCUGUGCUGGACAGAAACCUGGCUGAGAACAUCUCCAGAGUUCUCUACCCCAAUGACAAUUUCUUUGAAGGGAAGGAGCUGCGCCUGAAGCAGGAGUACUUUGUUGUAGCAGCAACUCUUCAAGACAUCAUCCGUCGAUUCAAAGCCUCCAAGUUUGGCUCCACAGAGUUUGUGCGACUGGACCUUGCUACACUGCCAGACAAGGUGGCCAUCCAGCUCAAUGACACCCACCCUGCGAUGGCCAUCCCUGAGCUGAUGAGGAUCCUGGUGGACAUGGAGAAACUCACUUGGGAAAAGGCCUGGGACAUCGUGGUUCGUACCUGUGCCUACACAAACCACACCGUCCUGCCUGAAGCCCUGGAGCGCUGGCCAGUGGACCUCUUCCAUAACCUGCUGCCUCGGCACCUGGAGAUCAUCUAUGAGAUCAACAGGAGGCACCUUGAGCGCAUCAGCCAGCUUUACCCUGGAGAUGUUGACCGCAUGCGCCGAAUGUCCCUGAUCGAGGAAGGGGAUGUCAAGAAAAUCAACAUGGCUCACCUGUGCAUUGUGGGAUCUCAUGCUGUCAACGGAGUGGCCCGUAUCCACUCUGACAUCAUCAAGAACACUGUGUUCAAGGAUUUCUACGAAGUCGACCCUCAGAAGUUUCAGAACAAGACCAACGGCAUCACACCCAGGCGCUGGCUGGUCAUGUGCAACCCUGGCCUGGCUGAGGUCAUCGCAGAGAGGAUUGGUGAGGACUACAUCCGCGACCUGGACCAGCUGAAGAAGCUCUUGGACUUUGUGGACGAUGACGCCUUCAUUCGGGAUGUUGCCAAAGUCAAACAAGAGAACAAGAUGAAGUUUGCUGCCUAUCUUGAAGAGCAAUACAAGGUGAAGAUCAACCCCAACUCCAUGUUUGAUGUCCACGUGAAGAGGAUCCACGAGUACAAAAGACAGCUGCUCAACUGCCUGCACAUCAUCACACUGUACAACCGAAUCAAGAAGGAACCGAACAAGUCAUGGACUCCGAGAACCAUCAUGAUUGGAGGAAAGGCAGCUCCAGGUUAUCACACUGCCAAGAUGAUCAUCAAGCUGAUCACAUCGAUCGGAGACAUUGUCAAUAACGAUCCUGUGGUGGGAGAUCGCCUCAAAGUCCUCUUCCUGGAGAACUAUAAGGUCACUCUGGCUGAAAAGGUGAUCCCUGCAGCUGACCUGUCGGAGCAGAUCUCCACAGCAGGUACGGAGGCCUCUGGCACUGGGAAUAUGAAAUUCAUGCUGAACGGAGCCCUCACCAUUGGCACCAUGGACGGAGCCAACGUGGAAAUGGCUGAGGAAGCUGGAGAGGAGAACCUCUUCAUCUUCGGCAUGAGGGUGGAAGAUGUGGAGGCUUUGGACAAGAAAGGCUAUGAUGCUGUGUCGUACUACAACCGUAUUCCUGAGCUGAAGCAGGCAAUGGACCAGAUAUCUGGAGGCGCCUUCAGCCCCAGCCAGCCCGGCCUCUUCAAAGACCUCGUCAACAUGCUGAUGCACCACGACAGGUUCAAGGUAUUUGCAGACUAUGAAGAUUACAUCAAAUGUCAAGAGAAAGUCAGCGCGCUGUACAAGAACCCUAAAGAGUGGACCAAGAUGGUGAUCCAUAACAUCGCUGGUUGUGGUAAAUUCUCCAGCGACCGCACCAUUUCCCAGUAUGCCAGGGAGAUCUGGGGCAUGGAGCCCAGUUUGGAGAAGAUCGCUGCUCCUGAUGAUCCCCGCUAAACCACAUCUGCCUCUUCCACCUCCACUGUAGCUCACCAUGUGGUCCAACCACUAGGAAAUAAACCUGUAGCUUUUUCACUGUGUUCUCAGCCUCUAUAACGUGCAGUAACAUGUAUUGAAGUGGGCUUAUUUACAAACUAUUUUUUAUUUUUUCUCCUCUGUGCACCAGCAAUGCAUAUUCUCACUGAAAACCUUGUAUCCAACAGCCUUUCAGCAGCUAAACAGCCUUGAUUUCACCUUGGAAUCAUGGGAUUAUUCAGUUAGAGUGAAAACAUUAAAGAUAUACAUCUCUAUUUUGUUUAUUUUCACCUGUGUUCAAAACAUCAACUGGGAGCUGAGUCCAAGAAAGUGAGCACGGUAACAAAAUAUUACUUGAUCUUUUACUUGUACUUCCCUGCUACAGGUUUCACACAACAGUGAUUCGAACCACAGUUCUAACUUCAUUCCUGUUCUACUUCCAAGUCAGUAUGGCUACCAAAACCCAGCAAAUAUGCCAGUAAAUAUGCCAGUAAACCUCAGCACUGUUAUGCUCCCAAUCCAACCCAUGUCUUCCAUGGAAGAGAGAAGGGACACAGCCUCAUAGCAGCACUGGGACUGGGUGGGGUUGGAUAGAAGCCAUGUCUCCAUGUUCACCCCAGAUUAACCUUCAUAUUAAUAUUUAAUUUGGCUGCUCUGUCAGUGUUGUGAUGUUUGCUGAAUAUAUCCAUUUGUGUGUGUGUGUGUGUGUGUGUGUGUGUGUGCAAUGCAGAUGUACGGACCCAUCAGUUUACCCGUGGAUUCUUCAGCAUGUUUGUCUGUUCCUUAAAGUCACCUGUGUUAGAAAAUAAAAUAGCCUUCUUUGCCUGAAACCUAAGUGACAGAAUGUAUUUUCGGAAGAUGUGUGUAUUUCUGUGGUGUAGUUGUGUUCGUACGGCAUUUCAGUCCAUGACACUGUGGAUAUCCGCUCCAUUGAUGUACUGUAAUAACAUACUGUCCUGCUUCAGCUACUGCAUACUACUCUCUGACUGCUGUGGGGCGGCCUAUUCAGGCUCCUGAAAGACCAUUUCACUGUCACGUCGGUGCUUUUCUUUUUUAUUAGUCAAUAAAUAACAACUACAUCAAC